AUGAAUAACCACUUGAGUAUCUUCCCCGCAAGUCGUUUUGCUGAAACUACCGAGCCAGAUGUUAAAUUUUCUGGCGUCAUUGACAACAUUGAGGACUUGAAAAGAAUUGCAAAGUUAGGUCUGGCUAAAACUCGUGCCUAUCGUAUUUCUCGUCAAGUUGCUGAUUUCAAUUUUGAAGAAAAUAUAAAAGUUUCUAAAAACAUGGUUCCCAUGACUGAUGAAGACAUUCAAGAAAUACGUACUCUUGUGAAUUUGGAAGAAUCGUGA